AUGGCUCAAAGUGGGAAUAAUGCAGCCGCAGCUAACCAACCUGAACAGCCACAGCCACAUCCAGUUUUAGAGCAACUUACUGGUGUCCAAUACUGCAUUAACAGUCCACCACCAUUAUUGGAAGCUAUUUUCUUGGGGUUCCAGCACUAUAUUUUGAGUCUUGGCUCAAUAGUCUUGAUCCCAAGUAUGACAGUUCCUCAAAUGGGUGGUAGUGAUAAAGAGAAGGCUAAGGUGAUACAAACAUUACUGUUUGUUUCAGGAGUAAAUACACUGUUCCAUUCCUUAUUCGGCACGAGAUUGCCAGUGGUAAUAGGCGGUUCCCACGCGUUCUUGAUUCCUGUAACUACGAUUCUUCGUUCCAGAAGAUAUCAAAUGAUACAUCAGUCUGAGGAGAGAUUUGCACAGACAAUGAGAGAAAUACAAGGUGCUUUGAUUAUUACUUCGUGUUUCCAAAUGAUCAUCGGGUUUAUCGGUUUGUGGAGGAACAUAGUCAGGCUUUUUAGUCCUCUUUCUAUGGUUCCACUUGUUUUCUUCACUGGUCUCGGGUUGUACCAUCUUGGCUUCCCAUUGAUUGCAAACUGUGUUGAAGUUGGGAUUCCAGAACUGGUAUUCAUGAUUAUCAUCUCGCAGUAUCUUCCGAGAUUCAUAAAAUUAAAGAGGCCUUUAUGUGAUAGAUUUGCGGUGCUAUUCUCUGUUGCCAUUGUGUGGAUUUAUACUGGAAUUUUAACUUGGAGUGGUGCUUAUCAUAAACCUUCAAAAGAUAGCUGUCGAACUGAUCGCUCUGGACUAAUCAGUGGAGCUCCUUGGAUAUAUGUUCCGUCCCCAUUCCAAUGGGGGCCUCCUACUUUUAGAGCCGGGGAAAUUUUUGCAACCGUGAUGGCUUCAUUUGUCGCUUCAACUGAGUCUACCGGAGUGUAUCUUGCAGCAGCAAGAUAUGGUAGCGCUACACCAGUUCCACCUUCAGUAAUUAGCCGUGGUAUAGGCUGGCUGGGGGUCGGGACUUUGCUUAAUGGCCUUUUUGGCAGUGUCACUGGUGCUACUGCAACAGCAGAAAAUGCAGGUCUCUUGGCUUUGACAAAAGCUGGAAGUCGAAGAGUUGUUCAAAUAUCAGCUGCAUUCAUGAUUUUCUUCUCCUUCUUAGGGAAAUUUGGAGCAGUUUUUGCUGCAAUCCCUCUGCCAAUUAUGGCAGGAAUAUACUGCAUCUGCUUUGGUUAUGUUGCAUCUGCAGGACUUGGUUUUCUCCAAUUCUGUAACCUAAACAAUUUCAGAACAAAGCUUGUAUUGGGAUUUUCCGUAUUCUUGGGGCUAUCCCUAUCACAAUACUUCAGAGAGUAUCGUCUACAUUCUACGACUGGUCCUAUCCACACUCAUGCAACAUGGUUCAACGACAUACUGUGCGUCCUUUUCAUGUCACAAGCGACUGUGGCUGCUUUAAUCGCUCUCGUGUUGGAUUGCAGUCUUCCUCAUGGCAGCGAUGGAGCGCAUAAGGAUAAUGGCGCUUAUUGGUGGGAGAGGUUUAUGGUGUAUAAUAAAGAUGUUAGGAACAAUGAAUUUUAUAAAUUGCCAGGCCAACUCAACAAGUUUUUCCCAGCUUUUUAA